AUGGGGCCCCGCCGGCCGGCUCCUGCGCCCUGGCUUCGCCACCUGCUGCGCUGCGUCCUGCUACUCGGGGGUCUGAACUUCGGCCACCCCGGCGCCCCCGGGGACGCCGCCACCGUCGCCCUCUCGGAACCCAGCAUCUUCCUCAUCUUCAACUCUGGACUGGAGGGCUGCCUGGAGGCCCAGGGUGGGCAAGUCAGGGUCUCCCCACACUGUAGUAGCAGUCUUCCUGCCCAGCGCUGGAAGUGGGUCUCCCGGAACCGGCUCUUCAACCUGGGUGCCAUGCAGUGCCUGGGCACAGGCUGGCCAGGCACCAACACCACAGCCUCCCUGGGCAUGUACGAAUGUGACCGGGAGGCAAUGAAUCUCCGCUGGCACUGUCGCACACUGGGUGACCAGCUGAACCUGCUCCUGGGGGGCCGUGUCGGCAACACAUCGAAGGCUGGCACCCCCGAGCGCGGCGACCAGACCCGCAGUGGCCAGUGGCGCAUCUAUGGCAGUGAGGAGGAUCUCUGUGCUCGGCCCUACUAUGAGGUCUACACCAUCCAGGGGAACUCCCACGGGAAACCCUGCACCAUCCCCUUCAAGUAUGACAACCAGUGGUUCCACGGCUGCACCAGCACAGGCCGCGAGGACGGGCACCUGUGGUGCGCCACCACCCAGGACUACGGCAAGGACGAGCGCUGGGGCUUCUGCCCCAUCAAGAGUAACGACUGUGAGACCUUCUGGGACAAGGACCAGUUGACCGACAGCUGCUACCAGUUUAACUUCCAGUCCACGCUGUCGUGGAGGGAGGCCUGGGCCAGCUGUGAGCAGCAAGGGGCCGACCUGCUGAGCAUCACCGAGAUCCACGAGCAGACUUACAUCAAUGGGCUCCUCACUGGCUAUAGUUCCACACUGUGGAUUGGCCUUAAUGAUCUGGACACCAGUGGAGGCUGGCAGUGGUCGGACAACUCGCCCCUCAAGUACCUCAACUGGGAGAGUGAUCAGCCGGACAACCCAAGUGAGGAGAACUGUGGAGUGAUCCGCACAGAGUCCUCCGGCGGCUGGCAGAACCGUGACUGCAGCAUCGCGCUGCCCUAUGUGUGCAAGAAGAAGCUGAAUGCCCCAGCCGAGCCUGAGCCUCCCAACGUGUGGGCCAACGUGAAGGUGGAGUGCGAGCCCAGCUGGCAGCCCUUCCAGGGCCACUGCUACCGCCUGCAAGCUGAGAAGCGCAGCUGGCAGGAGUCCAAGAAGGCGUGUCUGCGGGGCGGAGGGGACCUGCUCAGCAUCCACAGCACGGCCGAGCUGGAGUUCAUCACCAAGCAGAUCAAGCAGGAGGUGGAGGAGCUGUGGAUUGGCCUCAACGACUUGAAACUGCAGAUGAAUUUUGAGUGGUCCGAUGGGAGCGUUGUGAGCUUCACCCAUUGGCACCCCUUUGAGCCUAACAACUUCCGGGACAGCCUGGAGGACUGUGUCACCAUUUGGGGGCCGGAAGGUCGCUGGAAUGACAGUCCCUGUAACCAGUCCUUGCCAUCCAUCUGUAAGAAAGCAGGCCAGCUGAGCCAGGGCACCACUGAAGAGGACCAUGGCUGCAGGAAGGGUUGGAAGUGGCACAGCCCAUCUUGCUACUGGUUGGGAGAGGACCAAGUGACCUACAGUGAGGCCCGGCGCCUGUGCACUGACCAGGGCGCUCAGCUGGUCACCAUCACCAACAGGUUCGAGCAAGCCUUUGUCAGCAGCCUCAUCUACAAUUGGGACGGCGAGUACUUCUGGACUGCCCUGCAGGACUUCAACAGCACCGGCUCCUUCCGCUGGCUCAGUGGGGAUGAGGUCAUGUACACCCACUGGAACCGGGACCAGCCUGGAUACAGCCGUGGGGGCUGCGUGGCCCUGGCCACGGGCAGCGCCAUGGGGCUGUGGGAGGUGAAGAACUGCACCAUGUUCUGGGCUCGUUACAUCUGCCGGCAGAGCCUGGGCACACCGGUGACUCCUGAACUGCCUGGGCCAGACCCCACACCCAGCCUCACUGGCUCCUGUCCCCAGGGCUGGGCCUCAGACCCCAAACUGCGCCACUGCUAUAAGGUGUUCAGCUCAGAGCGGCUGCAGGACAAGAAGAAAUGGGUCCAGGCCCAGGGGGCCUGCCAGGAGUUGGGGGCCCAGCUGCUGAGCCUGGCCAGCUAUGAGGAAGAGCACUUUGUGGCUGACAUGCUCAACAAGAUCUUUGGUGAAUCUGAGCCGGAGAUCCACGAGCAGCACUGGUUCUGGAUCGGCCUGAACCGGCGGGACCCCAGCGGGGGCCAAAGCUGGCGCUGGAGCGACGGCCUGGGGUUUUCUUACCACAAUUUCGACCGGAGCCGGCACGACGACGACGACAUUCGGGGCUGUGCCGUGCUGGACCUGGCCUCCCUGCAGUGGGUGGCCCUGCAGUGCGAGACGCAGCUGGACUGGAUCUGCAAGAUCCCUCGAGGCUCGCGAGUGCGGGAGCCUGAUGUCACCCCACAAGGCCGGCGGGAAUGGCUGCGUUUCCAGGAGGCCGAGUACAAGUUCUUCGAGCACCACUCCACGUGGACUCAGGCACAGCGCAUCUGUACGUGGUUUCGGGCUGAGCUGGCCUCCGUGCACAGCCAAGCUGAGCUGGACUUUCUGGGACAUAAUCUGCAGAAGUUCUCCCGGGGCCAGGAGCAACACUGGUGGAUCGGCCUGCACACCUCGGAGAGCGAUGGGCGCUUCAGGUGGACAGAUGGUUCCAUUAUAAACUUCAUCUCCUGGGCACCUGGCAAACCUCGGCCCAUCGGCAAGGAUAAGAAGUGCGUGUACAUGACUGCCAGCCGAGAGGACUGGGGGGACCAGCGGUGCCUGACAGCCUUGCCCUAUGUCUGCAAGCGCAGCAACAGAACCAGAGAGACGCCGCCCCUUGACCUUCCGCCCGCGAUCCUGGGGGGUUGCCCCUCUGGCUGGAACCAGUUCCUCAACAAGUGUUUCCGAAUCCAGGGCCAGGACCCCCAGGACCGGGUGAAGUGGUCAGAGGCACAGUUCUCCUGCGAACAACAAGAGGCCCAGCUGCUCACCGUUGCAAACCCCUUAGAGCAAGCAUUCAUCACAGCCAGCCUGUCCAAUGUGACCUUUGACCUGUGGAUUGGCCUCCAUGCCUCGCAAAAGGACUUUCAGUGGGUGGAGCAAGAGCCUCUGCUGUACACCAACUGGGCACCAGGGGAGCCCUCUGGCCCUAGCCCUGCUCUCAGUGGCAACAUACCGACCAGCUGUGCGGUGGUCCUGCACAGCCCCUCAUCCCACUUCACUGGCCGCUGGGAUGACCGGAGCUGCACAGAGGAGACACAUGGCUUCAUCUGCCAGAAAGGCACAGACCCCUUGCUGAGCCCAUCCCCAGCAGCAUCGCCCCCUGCCCCGGGCACUGAGCUCUCCUACCUCAAUGGCACCUUCCGGCUGCUGCAAAAGCCGCUGAGCUGGCAUGAUGCCCUCUUGCUGUGUGAGAGCCACAAUGCCAGCCUGGCACAUGUGCCUGACCCCUACACCCAGGCCUUCCUCACACAGGCCGCCCGGGGACUGCGCACACCACUCUGGAUCGGGCUGGCCAGUGAAGAGGGCUCCCGGCGGUACUCCUGGGUCUCGGAGGAGCCGCUGAGCUACGUGAGCUGGCAGGACAGGGAGCCCCAGCAUAUAGGGGGCUGCGCCUUUGUGGAUGUGGAUGGGGCCUGGCGCACGACCAGCUGUGAAACCAAGUUGCAGGGAGCUGUGUGUGGAGUUAACAGAGGUCCCCCUCCUCCCCGAAGAAUAAACUACCAUGGCAGCUGUCCCCAGGACCUGGCCGAAACUGCCUGGAUUCCCUUCCGGGAGCAUUGUUACUCUUUCCACAUGGAGCUGAAGCUGGGCCACAAGGAGGCGCUGCAGCGCUGCCAGCAAGUGGGCGGGACGGUCCUGUCCAUUCGGGAUGAGAUGGAGAACGUGUUUGUCUGGGAGCAUCUGCAGAGCUCUGAGGGCCAGAGUCGGGGCGCCUGGCUAGGCAUGAACUUCAACCCCAAAGGAGGCACCCUGGUUUGGCAGGACAACACAGCUGUGAACUACUCCAACUGGGGGCCCCCCGGCCUGGGCCCCAGCAUGCUGAGCCACAACAGCUGCUACUGGAUUCAGAGCAGCAGUGGGCUGUGGCGGCCCGGCGCCUGCACCAACGUCACCAUGGGUGUUGUCUGCAAGCUCCGGCGAGCCGAGGAGAGCAGCUUCUCCCCAUCAGCAGCGCUCCCAGAGAACCCGGCGGCCCUGGUGGUGGUGCUGAUGGCAGUGCUGCUGCUCCUGGCCCUGGUGACCGCGGCCCUGAUCCUCUACCGGAGGCGACAGAGCGUCGAGCGUGGGGCCUUCGAGGGGGCACGCUACAGCCGCAACUCCUCCGGCCCCAGCGAGGCCACUGAGAAGAACAUUCUGGUGUCUGACAUGGAAAUGAACGAGCAGCAGGAGUAGAGCCCAGGGUGUGGGAGGGCCCCGGCAGGAGGACCUGGGUCAGCUGGGCCCUCACCCGCUCAGUGCACAUGGCCUGUGGAGGGGUGUUCUUGGGAGCUGCUGCUGGGGGCUGGGGCUGGGCAGAACCUGGGCUGGUGGGGUCCUUCCUGCCCAUGAGGGCUGGGCUGAGACCUGGGUGAGUGCAUGUGGUGUUUCCCUCUUUGGGGUCCUAAGGUUUUAAGGUCUUAUCACCUGAGCCUGUGCCCCCAUGGUAACCAGAGGCAGGACGGAAGCCUCUUUCUCCCCGGACCCCCCUGCCCAGGCCGCUGACCAAGCCCCAGGACCCGUUCUCAUUGCAGAGCCGAGGAGCCUCUCCUGAGCCUAAGCCAGCCUCUGUCGCUUCUGUUCUCCCCACCUGGCAGCUUCAGCUCAGCCCCUUGCCCUGGCCCCUCUCCCCGCUUCUCACCCAGCCCUUCCUUCUGAGCCAGGGCUCUGGGGUUUGGGGAGCCUUCUUGCUCUUGGUGGGGGUCAGCUCGAGGGGUCCAAGCAUCCCUCAUUCCUGUGCCUGCUGGGGUGGCCUUGGGGUGUGGCAAGGGUGGCCUGGGUCAGAUCUGAGAACCGGGGCACUACUGUUGUCAGCUGGGUUGGAGAUAGGACCAGGGAGAGACACUCAACUUCCUGGGGGCUAGGCUGAGGUGUCAUCUCCUGCCAGUUGGGGGAGGGCUCUAAAAAGUCCCUGAAGAGUCCCCUGUGGGGACCAAAAUAAGAUCUCCUAAGGUUUCCAGCUCCUGGCUCUGGUUUGGGGGGAGAGGAGGGGGUUGCCAGAGUCCUAGGGGCCUCAGAGAAGCUGGAGCCUGGUGCCCUCUAGUGGGGCCCAGAGGAAUAGCACCCAUGCUCCGGAGUGGCCCCACGCGGGAGCUGACUCCGCGCCUUUCCAAGAGGCGGGGAUCUCAGCCCCAGUGGAGUGUAGGCCAGUCCUGGUGCCACAGCGCGGGACAAUGUGAACAUGGACUCAAAGACACGGUCCUUUUUUUAUAGUUUUUUAAAAAAAAUGUGCCAUUAUUGUCAAAAGAAAAAAGAAAAGCACACAAAUAAAACACCUGUAAGAGGCUUGAGAGAGGGGU